AUGUUGAGCCCCGUCCUCAAUGCCUCCAAUGGAGACGGCUCCGAGUCUGAAACCACCUCCGCCAUCCUCGCCUCCGUCAAGGAACAGGAGUUGCAGUUUGAACGUCUGACCAGGGAGCUGGAAGCCGAACGACAGAUUGUUGCCAGUCAGCUGGAGAGAUGCAAGCUUGGCUCUGAGACUGGAAGCAUGACUAGCAUCAGUUCAGCAGAUGAGAAAUUUCGCUGGAACAACCAAGAUGGACAGAAGGACAUAGAGGAGGAGCUGACGACCGGCCUGGAGCUGGUGGACUCCUGCAUCCGAUCGCUCCAGGAGUCGGGCAUCUUGGACUCGCAGGACGCCUCUACGGGAGACAGACAAGGACUCCUGUCCCAAAGCGCUCUGCAGCUCAACAACCAGGAUGCCUAUGCAGCAGCUGGUUACCAUAGUAACCAAGCUCUGGCACUUGGGGAAACAGUCACGGGCCGCGGCGGGCAGGUCGGAGGGGCAGUUCACAGCUACAAUCAGGUGACAUCCAGCCGUGCAGCUGCCCAGUUAGGAGGAUCUGCACCUGCUGGACCAUCCAUGUAUUACUCCUGCGCCACUCUGCCUGCACAGCGUGUCAGCUCCCCUCUGCAGGCGGUGGGAUCCCCUACCAAGCUGCAGCGCCUGGGAUCAGCCUCCUCUGACAUGCCCAGCUACGCCACGCUACAGAGGGUGUCCUCACCCAAGCAGUCACCCAGCCGGCUCGCCAAGUCCUACAGCACGUCAUCGCCCAUCAACAUGGUAGCAUCGGGCGCCGCCGGCUCCUCCUCACCCCUCCCCAUGGCAGCCUCCCCGGGCGGGAACCACACCUCGUCACCCAUCCACCAGCUCAGCUCGGUGGUGGGAAGCUACGCCACGCUGUCGCCCACCAAGCGCAUGCUGCAUCACAUCGGACCAGACAGCUACAAGAUUUCCCACGAGCUCUACGCCAACGCAACCCUGCAAAGGCCUGGUAGCCUGGCAGGCUCCAGAGGUUCCUACAGCAGCCAGCACAGUCACCUGGGCUCCGAGCUCCGGCCCCUGCAGUCUCCUGAACACCACAUCGACCCCAUCUACGAAGACAGAGUCUACACCAAACCCAACCUUAGAGGACAAGGUAAGCAGACACGGGGAUAUGGAGCCCCGCCCUCCCCCGGUGUCGACCCAAUCCCCUUGCAGCGAACGGGAAGCCAGAGCGCCACCGCCACUUUUCAGAGAGGCAGCUUCGCCACAGGAGGCGGGGCGGCCGACUACGCCAACCCGUACCGUACUCUGCAGUUCUGCCCGUCCACUGAGUCGCCUUACAGCAAGUCGGGCCCCGCCCUCCCGCCCGAGGCUGCCCUGGGCCGGUCUCCAUCCGUGGACAGCAUCCAGAAGGACCCAAGGGAGUUUGGCUGGAGGGAUCCAGAGCUGCCAGAGGUGAUCCAGAUGUUGCAGCAUCAGUUCCCAUCAGUCCAAUCCAACGCUGCCGCGUACCUCCAGCACCUCUGCUUCGGAGACAACAAGAUCAAAUCUGAGAUCCGGCGGCAGGGCGGCAUCCAGCUGCUGGUGGACCUGUUGGACCACCGGAUGACCGACGUCCACCGCAGCGCCUGCGGAGCCCUGAGGAACCUGGUUUACGGCAAAGCCAACGACGACAACAAGAUCGCCCUGAAGAACUGCGGAGGCAUUCCUGCUCUGGUCCGGCUGCUGCGCAAGACCACAGACGUGGAGAUCCGAGAGCUGCUCACAGGUGUUUUGUGGAACCUGUCGUCGUGCGACGCCCUGAAGAUGCCCAUCAUCCAGGACGCCCUGGCCGUGCUGACCAAUGCCGUGAUCAUCCCUCACUCGGGCUGGGACACCUCCCCGCAUACGCAGGAGGACCGCAAGCUGCACCUUCACUCCUCCCAGGUCCUCCGCAACGCCACAGGCUGCCUCCGGAAUGUGAGUUCGGCAGGUGAGGAGGCCCGCAGGAGGAUGAGGGAGUGUGAGGGCCUGACAGACGCUCUGCUCUACGUCAUCCAGACUGCUCUGGGAAGCAGUGAGAUUGACAGCAAGACCGUGGAGAACUGUGUGUGCAUCCUGAGGAACUUGUCGUACCGUCUGGCCGCAGAGACAUCUCACAGCCAGCAGGGGGGGUCGGAGGAGCUGGACGGUCUGUUAUGUGACACCGGCGGGAAGGAUGCAGAGAGCUCCGGAUGCUGGGGCAAGAAGAAGAAGAAAAAGAAGGGACACGACCAGUGGGACGGCGUCGGCCCGUUUCCAGACUUGGCGGAGCCCCCGAAAGGCAUCCAGAUGUUAUGGCACCCCACCAUCGUCAAGCCCUACCUCACACUGCUGUCUGAGUGUUCCAACCCAGACACCCUGGAGGGAGCAGCUGGGGCUCUGCAGAACCUAGCUGCUGGCAGCUGGAAGUGGUCGGUGUAUAUCCGUGCCGCAGUGCGUAAAGAGAAGGGCCUCCCGAUCCUGGUGGAGCUGCUGAGGAUAGACAACGACCGGGUGGUGUGUGCCGUGGCCACCGCGCUCAGAAACAUGGCUCUGGACAUCAGGAACAAGGAGCUCAUCGGUAAAUACGCCAUGAGGGACCUGGUGCACCGUUUGCCCGGAGGCAGCAACAACAACAACAGCACCAGUGGUGGAGGAGGAGGAGGAGGAGGAGGCGGAGGCGGCGCCAACAACAGCGGCCUGGUGGGGAAGACCAUGUCGGACGACACCAUCACGGCUAUCUGCUGCGCGCUGCACGAGGUCAUCACCAAGAACAUGGAGAACACGAAGGCUCUGAGGGACGCCGGCGGCAUCGAGAAGCUCAUCGGCAUCGCCCGCAGCAAAGGAGACAAACAUAGUCCCAAAGUGGUGAAAGCAGCAUCUCAAGUCCUGAACAGCAUGUGGCAAUACAGAGACCUCCGCAGCCUCUACAAAAAGGAUGGAUAUUCUCAGUACCAUUUCGUCGGCUCUUCCUCCACGAUAGAGAGAGACAGACAGCGACCUUAUUCUUCCUCUCGUACUCCGUCCAUCUCUCCCGUACGGACCUCACCUAACAAUCGAUCAGCGAGCGCACCAGCUUCCCCCAGGGAGAUGAUGGCGCUGAAGGAGAGGAAGGCAGACUAUGAGUCAACCGGCAAUGCCAGUUACCAUGGCAACAAGGGCGAGCACACAUCCCGGAAGGACGCCAUGACAAGUCAAAUCUCCGGUGGGUCUUCAACACUACACAGAGGAGCAUACGUGUCACCUACUGAUGACCUGAAGUAUAAUCAGGUCUCUUGUCAAGGCUUGCCUUCAGAGCCCUACCCUCCUUUCCAAAACCCUCCCCCACCCGACGCCGGCAACUACGAGGACCAGGCCUUCUACGAGAACCAGGUUCACGUGGGAGGGCGCCCCCCACAGGGUGAACUCAACAUGCACCUGCAGGGCCUCAAGUCCACCGGCAACUAUGUAGACUUCUACUCAGCCUCGCGGCCCUACAGUGAGCUCAACUACGAGACCAGUCACUAUCCAGCCUCACCAGACUCCUGGGUGUAAGGGGAGACGAGGGUGGAGGAGGAGGAGAGAAUGGAUGAAGGAAAAAAAAGGACGGUGAAGGGGUAGUUUAAAAGGUGGAGGAGCGAAGAUAAGAGGACAAUUUCCCUCCCUCCCCAUCCUCCCCUGUAGUUCCUGAGUAGCAUCAUAGGUAGCAGGAUGACAGAGGGGGAGGAUGGAGCGCAAAAAAGGAGACAUGAGGAGAAAAUCUAAGACAUUACACUCCUUUCAGAGACAUCUGAUGGGGAAGGGGAGAGGGGACAAAAGAGGAACCAGAUGCAAACGGAGGAGCGGCCAUGCAUGUG